GAGCAGUUGGCAGUGUUGGAAGGAAGAGAGAGGAGGAACGAAGAGAUGGGAGAAGAGAAAGAUGACGGCUCUUUCGUGCGUGGAAGAGGGCGUGCUGCGCUGCUGCGGCAGCAAAAGGUUCGCCAAGGAGAUGGUCUCGGCCUCCCCCUUCACCGACCUCGACCACGCCCUCCGAUCCGCCUGCGACAUCUGGUUCGACGAGGUCUCUCCUUUGCCCUAUUCGUAGUUCCUCUUCCCGUUCUUCUCUUUAGCCUGUUGUGAUUCCAUCUCCCUCUUGAUUUCUAAUGAAUCUUGUACGUCGACGCCGUCGGAUGACCCGAGGCUUUCGCGGCUCACCCGGCGAUCGGAGCCGCCUCUCCUUCCGUCUCCCAAACGAUUCCGCCUUGCAAGAAUUGGUGGAAUGGAAUUUUCGGUACAGGGAGACGUUUGGGUUCGUGUUCCUCAUAUGCGCAUCUGGGAGGGGAACGAUUGAGAUCCUUGCUGAAUUAAAGAAACGCUACCUGAAUAGGCCCAUUGUCGAACUUGAAAUAGCAGCACAAGAGGAGAUGAAGAUAAUUGAAUUGCGUCUUGCUAGGCUUUUUAAUUCUGAUGCUGGAUCAAACAUUCCAGUCACAACUCGUCUUCCUAUCGUUUAGGAAUCACUGGAGCACAUAUUAUGGCUAUUCCUUUGGUACCUUCCGGUAAAACCACUGAAAUUUCAGAUAAUAGUGAUCACACAUGUCCUCCCAGCACAACCCAUGUCCUGGAUGUUGCCCGUGGCUCUCCAGCUUCCGGCAUGGAGGUUCACCUUGAGAUGUGGAAAGGAACUCAUUAGCACCCAUCAUUUACAAACAGAGAAUCCACCCACCAGAUGUUGAUAGGCUCUUUGAUAACAAAUACUGAUGGCUGCAGUGGCCCUCUCUGAUGGGCAUCGUCGACCUUAUUACUCCUGGCUUUUAGCAGAUAAGUUUCAACACCGGUAAAUAUGGCUUCUUUGCUUGUGUCAGCUUGGUGUUUCAGGUCAGAGAAAACCAGAUAGCAGGACAUUGGUGUUUCCUCUGCUGCAUUCGUCCUUUUCGUUCAAGACAUACAGGGGGAGCUAGAUAUGGUACUCUUGGUUGCUUAACAGAUACUUUUCUAGCUUUGGCAGGAUCCAGUGUGGGCCCCUCUCACUCUCAUGGUGUGCAAUUAUGUUAGGGUUAAAAUUCAAUAUAUCAAGCGGCAUCAUCGUAAUUUCACUAUCAGCCGGGGGGGCAUAUAUGAGAACUUGGCUCAAAGACGCCAAACACAUCCCCAUCUUCCCAGCUGGAGCUGGCCCAGCACGUACCCCUUCGGUACAUUCUGUUUCAUGAGGGAAGGUUUUGUCUGUGGUGCACGUCAUGGCCUCGUCCUCGCCAAACGCCGACAAUGAUGGCACAAGCGAUCAGGUUUUGGUAGAAGACUGCAGGUUUACAAGGAUAUUGACGCUUAACAGGCCUCAACAGCUGAAUGCUCUGUCUACUCCAAUGAUUAUGAAGCUACUGAAGCUUUUUGUUGCUUAUGAGAAGGAUUCUGAUGUCAAAUUAUUGAUAGUGAAGGGAAAUGGAAGAGCAUUUUCUGCUGGAGGGGAUGUUGCAUCAGUUGCCCGAUCUGUCGCUCAAGGUCAAUGGGCUCUGGGUACAGAAUUCUUACGGAAUCAAUAUACCUUAAAUUACAUAAUUGCAACUUACGGCAAACCUCAGGUUUCUAUUCUAGAUGGAAUUGUCAUGGGUGGCGGGGCUGGCGUUUCAAUACAUGGUAGAUUUAGAGUUGUCACGGAGAAAACGGUUUUCGCUAUGCCAGAAACCUCACUGGGAUUCUUCCCAGAUAUAGGCGCUUCAUAUUUUUUAUCAAGGCUUCCAGGAUUCUUCGGGGAAUAUCUUGGCUUGACUGGUGCAAGGCUAGAUGGGGCUGAAAUGCUUGCAUGUGGCCUAGCAACUCACUUUGUCCCUUCUAUGAAUUUGGCAUAUCUGGAAGAUUUGCUCACUAAGGUGGAAACUUCUGAUCCCUUUGUAAUCUGCGCAAGUAUUGAUCAGUUCUCACAAAUGGUGCCUCUGAAAGCGAGUAGUGCUUAUAAUAGAUUGGAUAUAAUUGACAAAUGCUUCUCCAAAGAAACGGUCGAAGAAAUUAUAUCUGCUCUUGAGAAGGAAUCUGCUAGCAUGGCUGAUGAGUGGAUUGUGGUUGCAAUUCAGGCAUUGAAAAAGGCAUCUCCUAUCAGUCUAAAAGUCACUCUUAGAUCGAUCAGAGAAGGGAGACUGCAAGGAGUUGAUCGAUGUCUUACGAAGGAAUUCAGAUUGUGUUGUCAUAUAUUACGUCUCGAAGCCAGCAAGGAUUUCUUAGAGGGUUUCAGGGCUAUAUUGGUGGAUAAAGACAGGAAUCCGAAGUGGGAGCCUCCUAGAUUGGAUCUGGUAGAUUCCAAGGUGCUUGAUCAGUAUUUUGCCGAGGUCGACGACGCAAACUGGGAGGAUCUAAAACUCCCAUCAAGACGCAAUCUAGCUGCCAACUAUGUGUCAAAGAUGUGAAAGGAGUAUUGAUGAAUAAAAGGAGGUGUUCUUAUGUUGGGUAUGCCACCUUAUCUCUACAAAGUUCAGACUGGUAUUGUAUUGGUCCGUGCUAAUCUAUUGUGUGUCAUUACAUCGAUAUAUAUAUAUAUAUAUAUAUAUAUAUAUACUGUUGGGUGUAUCGUAAACAAUAUAACUAUAUUACAUAAAUAAAGUUGGUAUGAGACUAUUGUAAA